GUAAAACAAUCAUGGAUUAAUGCUCUGGUUUUUCUGCUUGGGGCACUGUGCUAGCAUGCUGCGUACAGCUGCUUUUGCACUGUUCCCAAUGUCUCACAAUACCAAUUUUUAUAUUUUCUUGAGGAAGAAAAGAAAUUGACGGAAUUGGGUCUUGGGAAAAAUUGAAAAAACCCAGUUCAUGUGUGUAGAAAUACUCAAACACUUGUCAUGUAAUUCAAGAGAUCUUAAAAACGCUGAAUACCCAGAUGGUUUUUUAAUUUUUUUGACCUUUGGACGCCACAGUGUUGUAAGAUUGUGUCUUUACCAAAAGGUACCCUUAAAAUCAUGAUGACUUUUGGAAAAUUGUUUGCAGAGGGAGACUCAUGGAACCCAUCACUCUCCAGUAGUCCAUUCUCUCUGAGUCACUCUCUCUCAUUAAAAGAAAAGAUUGGAAGAAAAUUACCCAGAGCUCUGCUUUCCGAGUCUCCUCCUCCAAUGGCUGCCAUCUUCAGAAACCCAUUGUUUCUUUCUCUAGCCUUGUUUUUUUUCUUCCUCAACUCUGUCUCUGGUGCGUCAGAAGCAGAUACACUUCUCACCUUCAAGGCCUCCAUUGAAGACCCUGCAAACUCUCUUUCAAGCUGGUCUAACUCAUCACUCUCUCGCUACUGCAACUGGACCGGAAUCACCUGCUCCACUUCACCUUCCCUAUCUGUAACUUCUAUUAACCUUCAAAACCUAAACCUUUCGGGUGAAAUCUCUCCAUCUCUCUGCCAACUUGCCAAUCUCUCUCAUCUCAAUCUAGCUGACAACCUCUUCAACCAGCCCAUCCCUCUGCAUCUCUCUGAGUGUACCUCUUUGGAAACUUUGAAUCUCAGCAAUAAUCUCAUCUGGGGUACAAUCCCAGAUCAGAUUUCCCAGUUUGGGGCCUUGAACGUGCUUGAUUUAAGCAGAAACCAUGUUGAAGGCAAAAUCCCAGAAAGCAUUGGCUCUCUAAAGAGCUUGCAAGUUCUCAACUUGGGCAGCAACUUGCUUUCAGGUAGUGUUCCAACUGUGUUUGGCAACUUUAGUGACCUUACCAAUCUUGACUUGUCUGAAAAUUCUUAUUUGGUGAGUGAGAUUCCUGGUGAUAUUGGGAAGCUUGAGAAGCUUGAGCAGCUUUUGUUGCGAAGCUCUGGCUUUUAUGGUGAAAUCCCUAAUUCAUUUGUGGGUUUGCGUAGUUUAGCUGUUUUAGACAUUUCACAGAACAAUCUGACCGGUGGGUUUCCUCGAACACUGGGUUCCUCUCUUCAGAACUUGGUGUUCUUUGAUGUUUCACAGAACAAGCUUUCUGGGUCAUUUCCAAAUGGUAUUUGCCAUGGAAAAGGCCUUAUAAGCCUCAGUCUGCACACAAAUUUCCUCACUGGUUCAAUCCCCAGCUCCAUUGCUGAAUGCUUGAAUCUUGAGAGACUUCAAGUUCAGGAUAAUAGGUUCUCUGGGGAUCUCCCCAAGGGAUUAUGGUCAUUGCCCAAAAUUAAGCUCAUCAGAGCUGAAAACAAUAACUUUUCUGGAGAAAUACCAGAUUCCAUAUCAGUGGCUACUCAAUUGGAGCAAGUUCAGAUAGACAACAACAGCUUUGUGAGUAAGAUUCCACAGGGUCUUGGGUUGGUUAAGAGCUUAUAUAGAUUUUCUGCAUCUCUAAACGGUUUCUAUGGUGAGCUUCCUCCAAAUUUCUGUGACUCACCCAUUAUGAGUAUAAUAAACCUCUCCCACAAUUCGCUCUCGGGUCGAAUUCCGGAGUUGAAGAAAUGCAGGAAACUAGUGUCAUUAUCUUUGGCAGACAACAAUCUUGUUGGAGAAAUGCCACCAUCACUUGCUGAAUUACCAGUGCUAACAUACCUUGAUCUUUCUGACAAUAACCUCACUGGCUCAAUCCCACUAGAGCUUCAAAACUUGAAACUUGCUCUAUUCAAUGUAUCCUUUAACCAGCUGUCUGGAAGAGUUCCAUUCUCUCUUAUCUCAGGCCUUCCAGCCUCUUUCCUGCAAGGAAAUCCGGGACUAUGUGGCCCGGGGUUGCCCGGUUCUUGUUCAGAUGAGAAGCCAAAUCACCACACUGCUGGCCUUACCACAUUGACCUGUGCCUUGAUCUCUUUAGCCUUUUUUGUCAUUAUUGUUUUUCUUGUUGCUGGGUUUCUCACAAUGCGCCAUCGGUCUUCAAACUGGAAAUCCCAAAGAGGGUUUUGGCGAUCAGUUUUCUUCUUUCCUCUGAGAGUUACUGAACAUGAUUUAAUUAUGGGAAUGGAUGAGAAAAGUGCCUUGGGAAGUGGUGGAGCUUUUGGAAGAGUUCACAUUAUAAGUUUACCAAGCGGUGAACUUGUUGCAGUAAAGAAGCUACUGAAUUUUGAGAGCCAGUCUUCAAAAGCUUUGAAGACUGAGAUCAAGACAUUAGCCAAGAUCAGACAUAAGAACAUCAUUAAGCUUCUGGGUUUUUGCCAUUCUGAUGAUUCCAUACUACUGAUUUAUGAAUUCUUACAAAAUGGGAGCCUAGGGGAUUUAAUGUGCAAACCAGAUUUUCAGUUGCAGUGGAGUGUUAGAUUGAGGAUUGCCAUUGGGGUUGCUCAGGGAUUAGCUUACCUUCACAGAGAUUAUGUUCCACAUAUAUUUCACAGGAAUUUGAAAUCAAAAAAUAUUCUUCUGGAUGCUGAUUUUGAACCAAAGCUCACAGAUUUUGCUCUCAAUCGGAUUGUGGGAGAAGCAGCGUUCCAGUCGACCAUUGCUUCAGAAUCUGCAACUUCCUGUUACAUGGCACCAGAAAGUGGGUACCGGAAGAAAGCUACCGAACAAAUGGAUGUCUACAGCUUCGGCGUUGUGUUGUUGGAGCUCGUGACUGGCAGGCCAGCUGAGCAAGCUGGAUCAGAGGACUCGCUUGACGUUGUGAAAUGGGUUCGAAGGAAAAUUAACAUUACAAAUGGUGCUUUCCAAGUCCUUGAUCCCAAAAUAUCUAGUUCUUCUCAGCAGGAGCUGCUAGGAGCUCUAAAAAUUGCUCUCCAUUGCACGGCUGUGAUGCCAGAGAAGCGACCAUCGAUGGCUCAAGUUGUGAGGGAACUUCAGUUCCUUUGCUCUAAAUCCAUCCUCCCAAGUAUUGAGUUCUCUACAGAUGAGAAUGCAAUCACAAAUUGUUGAUGAACAAGAGAUCACCCAUUUAAGUUUCAAGUUUAUCUGUAAAUCCAGCUUGAAUUUACAUGGCUAAUUGCUUAUAUUGGAAUUUUUUUUAUUGUUUGAAAAUGAUCUUUGGCCAGAGAGAGAGAGAGAGAAGGGAAGACCUGUGUGGGCUUGGUGUUGUUUUGUUAUGCACCAGAAGUUGUUUUGGGAUUUUGGUAUUUAAUGGUAAUAUGAAAUAUAUAGUGUUAAUACUCAUCA